AUGUACAGACGUGUGUUUGCAAGUACAUUGAGAGCAGUCAGAAAUAGUGCGGUUAAAGGCGCAUUUUCUGUUCCUGCUACAGUCAGAUUUGUCUCCUUUACUAGAACCAAGCCUCAUGUUAACAUCGGUACCAUUGGUCACGUUGAUCACGGUAAGACGACGUUGACUGCUGCCAUCACGAAAAUAUUAGCGGAAGAAGGUGGUGCCAAAUUUUUAGAAUACUCGGCCAUUGAUAAGGCUCCUGAAGAGAAGGCUAGAGGUAUUACUAUUUCCACUGCUCAUGUUGAGUACGAGACUGCAAACAGACACUAUUCCCAUGUCGACUGUCCCGGCCAUCAAGAUUAUAUUAAGAACAUGAUCACCGGUGCUGCUCAAAUGGACGGUGGAAUCAUUGUUGUUGCUGCUACCGAUGGAUCGAUGCCUCAAACCAGAGAGCAUUUGUUAUUGGCUAGACAGGUUGGUGUACAGAGGUUGGUCGUUUACGUUAAUAAGGUGGAUGCCGUUGAUGAUCCCGAGAUGCUUGAAUUGGUUGAAAUGGAGAUGAGAGAGCUGUUGACCGAGUACGGCUUUGAUGGUGAUAACACUCCUGUUAUCUUUGGAUCUGCUUUAAUGGCUUUGCAAGGUAAGAAACCGGAGAUCGGUAAGGAAUCCAUUCUGAAGCUCUUGAAAGCCGUUGAUACAUGGAUCCCAACUCCUCAGAGAGACUUGGAAAAGCCUUUCUUGAUGCCUAUUGAUGAGGUUUUCUCCAUUUCCGGUAGAGGUACCGUUGUUUCUGGUACCGUUGAAAGAGGUGUUUUGAAGGCCGGCGAGGAAAUCGAAAUUAUCGGUGGUAAGGAUAAGCCACUCACCACUACUGUUACUUCCAUUGAAAUGUAUCACAAGACUUUGGCCGAUGCUGAGGGUGGUGAUACUCCGGGUAUUUUAUUAAGAGGUGUUAAGAAGGAUGACGUCGCUAGGGGUAUGGUUUUAGCCAAGCCUGGUAGCGUCAAGCCCUACAAAAAGUGUCUUGCUACCAUCUAUGUCUUGACUAAGGAGGAAGGUGGUAGACAUACUCCAUUUGGUGAGAAUUAUAAGCCUCAGAUGUACCUCAGAACCUCCAAUGUUAACGCUACUUUGAGCUUCCCAGAUACAGAAGCUGACCACUCUAAACAGGUCAUGCCCGGUGACAAUGUCGAGAUGAUUCUCAAAUUGUUGUACCCAAUUGUCAUGGAAACCGGCCAAAGAUUCAACUUAAGAGAGUCCGGUAAGACUAUUGGUACUGGUAUGGUUACCAGGGUUUAUGAGUAG